CACUGUCAGCUGCUCACUCCCCUUUCAGUAGCAGAGAGGGGGGGAAAAAGGUAUCCAGCCCCUGUCGCUUAAAAAAAAGCCACUGGCGAUCGUGGGCAGCUUUGGCCGCUCCCUGCCCACGCCUGGACCAUGCACCCCGGCAUCUUCGUGCGCGACCACAGGCGAGGACUUGAUUUCUGGAGCUGAGGGCUAAAACUUUUUGACUUUUUUUUUUUUUUCCUCUCCAACAACUGAACCAUGCCAUGUGCCCGGAGGAGUUGGCUUGCAAAUCUCUCCGUGGUGGUUCAGCUCCUUAACUUUGGGGCGCUUUGCCACGGGACACAACCUCAGCCAGGCCCUGUUCGCUUCCCGGACCCCAGGCAAGAGCAUUUUAUCAAGGCCUUGACGGAAUACCAUGUGGUGGAGCCUGUCCGAGUAGAUGCCAGUGGGGAUUUUUUGUCAUAUGGCCUGCACUAUCCUGUCCCCAGCAGCAGAAGGAAGAGAGAUGUGGUUGGCUCAGAGGACUGGGUGUACUAUAGAAUUUUACAUGAACAGAAAGACUUGAUUUUUAACCUGACGGUCAAUCAGGGAUUUCUUUCCAAUGGCUACAUCUUGGAGAAGAGAUAUGGGAACCUGUCCCAUGUUAAGAUGAUGGCUUCCUCAGGGCCCCGUUGCCAUCUCAGGGGCACAGUUGUACAGCAGGGCACCACAAUCGGGACAGCAGCUCUCAGUGCCUGCCAUGGAUUGGAAAGAAGGUAGAGAUGGUCUUUGGCUUCUGUCUUCGAUGCUGAGGGAAAUACUCAAGUGUGUGACGAUGCCAGCCAAACUGGAGGUUGC